AUGACAGUGGUCGAACUGGAGCCGUUUGAGGCCCGACUCAAUCGCUCGCGGUUCCGGACUGCAGUAGUCCGCGCGGGUGGUUGCGACAUGGAGCGCUCCGUGUCGAGAACCACGGGGGAGUGGUGGUGGCGCACGGUGUGUGGGACAUGUUGCAGGGGAAGUGUCCUACAUAUCAAAGAAAGUGUUCCUCCAAUGUUUCUCCCCACACCAGGCAUCUUCAAGAGCACCUGCUACAUUGAUGUUCGCUGGUUCCCCUUUGAUGUCCAGAGAUGUGACCUGAAGUUUGGCUCCUGGACGUAUGGGGGCUGGUCUCUGGACCUGAAGAUGGUGGAGGCGGAUAUCACUGGCUACAUUGCCAAUGGAGAGUGGGAUCUUGUCGGGGUUCCAGGACGGAAGAACGAGCGUUUCUACGACUGCUGCGAGGAGCCGUACCCGGACGUCACCUUCACCGUGGUGAUGCGAAGGCGGACCCUCUACUACGGCCUCAACCUGCUCAUCCCCUGCGUCCUCAUCUCCACCCUGGCCCUGCUCGUGUUCCUCCUGCCUGCUGACUCUGGGGAGAAGAUUUCACUAGCUCUGCCCUACACUUAG